AUGCAGAGAAUUCAAAAGAUUAUACUGUACUACGUUUUACUCACAAUCUUGUACCGCGUAACGUACUUAUUUGAUUUGGAAGAACCAUGGUCGAGUUUGCGUCCCUAUACACCUUAUUUAUUUAUUCUGGCAUUUGGCUCUUAUUUAGGUGUUACAUUGUUGUAUAACGUUGCUACGACUCACGAUAAACCUCAAGCUUAUGUGGACUUAGUCAAUGAUAUUAAAGAAGCACAAGAUGCUCUUAAAACCAAAGGUUUUGUUACUGAGGAAUAA